AUGACAAACUCACCCAAUGAAUUGGGGGCGUCAUUGAAUCGAAAAACCACCGAAAAUCUCUUUGAUGUAUUGAGAAAGAUACACACAUCAGACAAUUUAUUUGUUUUGAGCCGAAAGCUCUCCCAGGAGUUGAACUACCUCACCUCCUUUCUGGAGCUCAAGUCCAGAGGCAAGUUCGAUAGAUUGGUCUGGCUCGAGACAUUAGCCUCGUCGGACGACGUGCUGCAAUAUGUGUCCGGAUACGGUGGCUUGAUUGUUGUGCUUGAGGAUACUCAUGUCAGUCUCGACCUUUUCAGCAAGAUAUGGCCGCACCUCAGUCGUCAAAAAGUGAAGGUGAGUCUCAUCGUGAAGGAUCUCGGUCGUGCUUUUUACUAUGAGCUCGUUAAGAUUUUGGGAUCUCCUCCAGACGACUUAUUCAAAAAUGCUACAAAUGUCGACUUGACUCAGAAUACAAUCCGUAUCAACUCCUUCGUUCGCUUAAUGAACUGGCAAACCCUCCCCUUGUGUGUCGAAGACUUCGUGCUUACACUCAACAUGGAAUUGGGUGGCCUUCAACUGUACUUUGAAAAUCCUAUUCCACAACUUUCGCUUCUAUCGGAUGCCUUAGUUCAGAUCGUCAACUUCACCAAAACAAACGAGACCAUAAAGUUCAAGAACUUAUUUGCCAAAGGAGACCAUUCAGCGGCUCUUUCCAACAUUUUCAUGAACGACAAGCUAUCGGAGUACCUUGCAUCGGGAUUUAGUCCUAAUGAGAGAGAAUUUUACACCUCCAAACUUCGAGGCAAUACCGACUUGGUCAUUCUUGAGAGAAACCUAGACUACUUUCCGCUCCUUUUAGAUCACAUGAACUACCUGGGUCUACUUGAUGAUUUGUUUGGUACGCUGGACGAACUAAACAACGUUUUAGAGCUGGGAGACAAGCUCAAUGACGAAUUGUACGAGAACAUCAAAGACCUUAAUUUCGCCUCUAUUGGCAUGAAGCUCAAUAAACUCGCACGCUUCAUUCAGCUGGAACUUGGCAACAAAGACAAUCUCCAGGAAAUCUCGGAGAUCAAGGAGCUUGUGAAGAACUUGGGCAACUUGACUUCGAAACAAGAAUUAGUCAGAAAGCACACCGCUUUAAGUGAAGCAAUUCUUGAAAAGAUAAAGAACAACAGGGAGGGCAAUUUCAAGCAUGACAUUCGUGAAUGGUGGCUUGAACUACAAAACGAGAUUUUUAAUCUCGACUACAAAAGGCAGAUUGCCAAAUUUCAGGACUUGAUUAAUCAAGGAUGCACGGAGUCGAUGGCCUUGAGCUGCGCUGCACUUAUCUCGUUGAUCAACGAUGGCUUUAAGCCUAAAGAUUUUACGCUUGUGGAAGAGCAGAUCCACUCCUACUUUGGUCUAGAAGCGGCAUUUGCUUUCAGGAAGAUGCGUGAUUUGAAAAUUAUCAAAGCAGUCAACAAGGGCACUGACUUUUUUAGUGGCUUCACAUUUGGCAAAUCGGAGAUCGAAACCACUACCACAACGACCUCAGAUACCCAUGGAAAAGACGACAAUACGCUUAUUGACAAGACAUAUGAUGACAUAAACUCUUUGGGUAUAACCGGCGGUCAAGAUGUCUACAAAUCGACGUACACGCUUAUCAGCAAAUUUUGGAAUCUACAUCCAUUAGAAGAAGAGGGCGAGGAGCCUAUCAUCGAGACUCUUUAUGAUUACCCCAACCCAUCAUUUGCAUAUCCUUCAGCGAGUGUGCUGUUGAUAGCUCGACUUAUCGAGGCGCUCUACUUUCGUGAUUUCCUCAAGUACAAACCCGUGAACAACGUAUACCGUCGACCAAAUUGGGAGAAGCUCAACUUGGACGCCAUGUUCAGAGGCCAAACAAUCGAUGAGAAUAUCUGUGAUGAUCUGGAUAACCGCAAGAGCGAGGCUUCCAAGAACUCCAGACCAGAGUAUGUUCUCGCAGUAUUCGUGGGAGGCAUCACAAGGGGAGAGAUCACCGUGUUACGGUACUUACAAGGCAAAUUAGCCAAACAGAAUAAGACACUCUUGGUUUUAACAAGUGGAAUUGUGAGCAACCACAAGCUCAUAAGCGUGGCCAAUCAAUGA